AUGCCACUAACCAAGCUUGACGUAGUGAUUGAAUUAUUUCAAACUGAAGUUUCGUUUAUUCAGCAUGUGCAACAGGCAGCUAUGUCGACCGAUAAAUCACGCUACAAUCAAUUCUACAAUUCACAUUUACAAAAGUUUCUAAAUUUCGUCUCACCAAACUCUCAAUUAGUUUCCCAAUAUUCUAAAAUAAUCAAUUCCGAUAAUUAUCAAUUUUUAUUAGAAGAAUUCACUUUAAAUUUUAUCAAAGUACUAAACAGUGACGAUUUCCUCUCUACUUACAUUGUUCUUUGUCAAUUCGAAUUGAGAAAGGAAUCGGCAUGUUAUUUUUGUGGACGAAUGCCAAGAUAUAAAUUGAUAUUUGAUGAAUUUUUGAAAAGGGAAUCAGAUGAGCAGAUCAAGAUUAGAAUCAUUAAUCCAAUUUUGGAAAAAUUAAAGGAAAUUUGUACAAUAAUCAAUUUAAACUUUGGAAUUAUUUCAAUGUUGAAUGUGAAGGAAACCAAGUUUUUUCAAAUUGAAACUCUGAUUUAUGAAUUGGUGAUUUUGGAUGUGAAUUUCAAUAUUAACAAGUACAUUUUUGGGAAGUUGAUUUACAAGAAGAGAAAAUUAGAACAUGGAAUGAUUUAUAUUCCCAUUAAUAGUAAUCAACUCAUCUUGUUGACAGUAAAUGGUCCAAUUGACCAGCUUUCUUCAAUUCAUUCAGCAGUUGAUUUUGGAAAUGAAGGAAAAAUUGUAUAUUCCAAAUAUUCAAUUUACAAAAUUAUUGACCUAAUGAAAUGUGAAAUUUCCUACAAAGAGGAAGGAAUUGAAAUCAAGACAAAAUCAAAAACAAUUACAAUGAACUUGAAUUUAUUCGAUUCCAAGAUUAAUAUUUGGAAAUUGAUGUGUUUGAGGAGAUUUAAAUUGUAA